CAUCGCUCGAAGUCAUGGCUGUCGAGAAUAUCAAACACGUUCUGUGUACUCUGCUUCGAGAAGAGAAGUCAUUUGAUAUUAAUGGAAUGCGUCGAACCUAUGAAACGAGAGCUGCUACUUUUAUUUCAAAAUCCUCUCCUUGGAAUCCCUUUUCAAAGGGUAAAAAUGGCAGAGAUAUGUCAAGUGAAAUGUUAAUACCUAAGCACUUGACAGUUCAUUGGCAAAGUGGAGAACUAAGAGCUUUAAAAACUAGAGGUGAUGGUAAUUGUCUGUACAGAGCCUGCUCAAAAUUACUUUGUGGCAAGGAAGACCUAUGUCAUUUGCUGAGAGACUUGACAAGCAUUGAGCUAUUCAAUCACCAGGAGUAUUAUGCUAACCACCCUUACUUAAAAGAUAAGUUGCAUUUUUUUAAGUCAGAAAAUACUGCUUUUUCUGCAUCAGUAUCAGAUGUGGCUUUAGGCAAUGGCUAUGAUAGGAAAAAUCCAAGCACAAAGGUAGUAGUAGUUAAAGAGGAAGCUCUAAAUAAUGCAUGCAAUGGUACUUAUUCUUCACUUAUGUGUAUAUUUGGUUUGUCUUCUGUCACUGGAAUGACUAUAAUUUCAGUUUAUCCCGAAAAGUUGGACCAGGAGACCAAAUAUUCACAAUUUCUAAAUGGUAAAAUUCUUCCACGGCAAGCACACCAACAUAUUUCAAGUCAACUUGUUCAGCCUGCUAAGUUAAUUUUAAUGUGGACAACUACUGGUGCUUAUUCUCUUCCAGAAUUAGAUAUAGAAUUUCAACCCAAUCAUUUUGUACCACUAAUUGAAUUUAAUCAAACUAAUAACUCAAGAGUUAAUAAUAAAAAAAAAAUUACUGACCACUUUAAAGUUGAUGUCUUACAGAAAAAUAAAAGUGGACUUGAGCAACAAAUAGACACAACUUUGGUAGCACCUGCAAAAUCCUCACCAAGGGAAGACUUAGAUGGCAGCAGCUAUGAUUGCUUGAAGACUUCCUUAAAACGACCUCUUUCAUGCGACUUUGAAGAUGGAAAAGUAUCAAAUGCUUCUUGUCUCUUGUCAAAAUCUGUAAAAACUGAUAUGACAGAUGUUGAUCCCUUGGAUAUUGGACAUUUUGUAUCUGUGGCGGCCCUAGAUGACGACACAAAGCUAAGACUUAUAACAAAUCACUGGAAGCCUCCCUUCUUUCAAUUUUCCUUUUCUGAGAAUGCGCUUAAGAUACUCGCUGUUGUGCCAGUCACUACAUGUGAGUGUGAAAGAUCCGUUUCUGCCCUUCGUCGAAUGAAAACUUGGUUACGUAGCACAAUGAUCAACGAAAGGUUAAAUGGAUUAGCCCAAAUGCAUAUUAAUGAUGAUAUUAAGUGUGAUGUCGAAGAAGUGAUUAAUACCUUUGCUAGACAAAACCCAACGAGGAUGCAAUUUCUUGAUAUCCUGGAGGAUAAAGAAACAGAUGCUUGA